UCUCGUCUUGAAACCGGUUGUGUUGCCCUGGCGUUCUUCCCAUAACAAUUUGCCCCGUCGCUCUGGAAUUCCUGCAUUCUCCGAAGUACCUUCAGCUCACUACAUUUCCCCGUUGAACAAACUCACGCCUUCCUACCCACCCCACACAACACAUCACACCAUGGCGGACACUGUCGAAGAGAAGAAGCAAUCCGUUUCUGGAGAAGGACAGGCUGAUGCCAACGCUUCCGUAGGCGGAAAGGGCAGCGCGGAAUCAUCGAGUAAGAAAACCGAGAAGAAGACGCCGAAGAAGCUGGGUGGGAAAAAACCAGAACAGCAGCCCACUCCUGAAGCCACUCCUACCCCCGAGAAUGAAGCUGGAGCCGAGGCUGAGCAAGAGGACGCAGGACGCAAGCAGACCUCCAACGGCAACGCCGACGAGUCUGACCCCGAGCCUCGACAGAAGUCGCAAUCGAGGCGCCGACAAUCCCGAGGCCGUGGACGACGAGGCGGCGACUCGGACUCUGAGUCCGUCACACGAUCUGACGUCUCUGCCUCUGGAGGCCGCCGCAACCGCCAGCGCCAGAAGAAGGGCGGAAAGGGAGGUCAACUUGGCGGCAUUGGCGAAGAACUUCCCGGAGGAGAGCUCGUCGGCGGUGCAUCCGACAUGGUUCAGGAUACCGCUGGUAACGCUGUCAACCAAGUCGGCGACACCGCAGGCAAGGCUCUCGGUGGCCUGACCGGCGGCGGUGACAAGAAGGAGGAUGAUGGUGAUACCAAGGGCGGCGAGCAACUUCGUCUGCGAUUGGAGCUCAACCUCGACAUCGAAAUCCAGCUUAAGGCUAAGAUUCACGGUGACCUCACACUCGGAUUGCUGAACUGAGUGUUCUGCGACGAAUUGCGCAUCUUCUUGUUUGUAUGGCUGCAUGACGUUUGGAGCUUCCGAGUCCUCGAACUCUUGGAUGGCGUUUGGCUU